AUGGAACGCCUCCCGGUCCUUCUCCCUUCCUUCCUCCUUCUCUCCUUUCUGGCCCCAUGGGGCUCGGUGGGGGCCCAGCAGCCCCCACGACCUCACUCGAUUCGGAUCGAGGGGGACGUCACGCUGGGGGGCCUGUUCCCGGUCCACGCCCGAGGCCCCGCCGGGGUGCCCUGCGGGGAGGUGAAGAAGGAGAAGGGCAUUCAUCGCAUGGAAGCCAUGCUCUACGCCCUGGACCAGAUCAACAGCGACCCUGAGCUGCUGCCCAACCUGACGCUGGGGGCCCGCAUCCUGGACACCUGCUCCCGAGACACCUACGCCCUGGAGCAGUCCCUCAGCUUCGUGCAGGCCCUGAUCCAGAGGGACACCUCCGAGGCGCGCUGCUCCGAUGGCCAGCGGCCCAUCAUACCCAAGCCGGAGCGUGUGGUCGGGGUCAUCGGGGCGUCCGCCAGCUCCGUCUCCAUCAUGGUGGCCAACGUGCUGCGCCUCUUUGCGAUCCCCCAGAUCAGCUACGCCUCCACCGCGCCGGAGCUCAGCGACAAUAACCGCUACGACUAUUUCUCGCGGGUGGUGCCCCCCGACUCCUACCAGGCCCAGGCCAUGGUGGAUAUUGUCAAGGCCCUGGGGUGGAACUAUGUCUCCACGCUGGCCUCUGAGGGCAACUAUGGGGAAAGCGGUGUCGAGGCCUUUGUGCAGAUCUCUCGCGAGGCCGGGGGGGUCUGCAUCGCCCAAUCCAUCAAGAUCCCGCGAGAGCCGAAGCCAGGAGAGUUUGACAAGCUCAUCGGUCGGCUGAUGGAGACAUCCAAUGCCCGGGGCAUCAUCAUCUUCGCCAAUGAAGAUGACAUCAAACGAGUGCUGGAGGCUGCCCGUCGCGCCAACCUCACAGGGCAUUUUCUCUGGGUGGGAUCAGACAGCUGGGGCGCCAAGACUUCACCCAUCUUAAACCUGGAGGAUGUGGCCGAGGGAGCGGUCACCAUUUUACCCAAACGGGCCUCCAUUGACGGUUUCGACCAGUAUUUCACCAGCCGCUCCCUGGAGAACAAUCGGCGCAACAUCUGGUUUGCAGAGUUCUGGGAGGACAAUUUCCACUGCCAGCUGACCCAUCUGGGGGCCCAACAUGAAGGAUCCUCCCGCAAGUGCACUGGUGAAGAGCGGAUUGGGCGGGACUCAGCGUACGAACAGGAAGGGAAAGUCCAGUUUGUGAUCGACGCGGUGUAUGCGGUGGCUCACGCGCUGCACAAUUUGCACCAGGCUCUGUGCCCGGGCCAGGGGGGCAUCUGUCCAAGUAUGGACCCCUCCAACGGGCGCCAGCUGCUGCAUUACAUCCGUGCCGUCAACUUCAACGGCAGCGCCGGGACCCCCGUGAUGUUCAACGAGAAUGGUGACGCCCCCGGCCGCUACGACAUCUUCCAGUUCCAGCUGACCAACAGCAGCGCCCCCGGCUACCAUGCCAUCGGCCAGUGGACUGAAUUCCUGCGGUUGAACAUGGGAGAGAUGCAGUGGUCCGGAGGUCGGCCGGAGGUGCCCUCUUCUGUGUGCAGCCAGCCCUGUGGGCCCGGAGAGCGGAAGAAGAUGGUCAAGGGGGUGCCGUGCUGUUGGCACUGCGAGCUGUGUGACGGCUACCAGUACCAGCUGGAUGAGUUCAGCUGCGAGGUCUGUCCCUUUGACAUGCGGCCCACCGAGAACCGCACCGGCUGCCGACCCACGCCCAUCGUCAAGCUGGAGUGGAGCUCGCCCUGGGCGGCCCUGCCCAUCCUGCUGGCCGUGCUGGGCAUCGUCGCCACCAGCUGCGUCAUGGCCACCUUCGUGCGCUUCAACGACACGCCCAUCGUGAGGGCCUCCGGCCGCGAGCUCAGCUACGUGCUGCUCACCGGCAUCUUCCUCAUCUACUUCAUCACGUUCCUCAUGAUCGCCGAGCCCGGGGUGGCCGUCUGCGCCGGCCGCCGCCUCUUCCUGGGCCUGGGCAUGGCCGUCAGCUACUCCGCCCUGCUCACCAAGACCAACCGCAUCUACCGCAUCUUCGAGCAGGGCAAGAGGUCGGUGACGCCCCCGCGCUUCAUCAGUCCCGCCUCCCAGCUGGUCAUCACCUUCAGCCUGAUGUCCGUGCAGGUGGUGGCCGUCGUGGCCUGGCUGGGUGUGCGGCCCCCGCACAGCGUCGUCGACUACGAGGAGCAGCGCACCCCCAACCCCGAGCGGGCCCGGGGCGUGCUCAAGUGUGACAUGUCCGACCUCUCGCUCAUCUGCUGCCUCAGCUACAGCAUUGUGCUCAUGGUCACCUGCACCGUCUUCGCCAUCAAGGCCCGCGGAGUCCCCGAGACUUUCAACGAGGCCAAGCCCAUCGGCUUCACCAUGUACACCACCUGCAUCGUCUGGCUCGCCUUCGUGCCCAUCUUCUUUGGGACGGCCCAGUCCGCCGAGAAAAUCUACAUCCAGACGACAACACUGACCGUGUCCAUGAGUUUGAGCGCCUCGGUCUCCCUGGGCAUGCUGUACGUGCCCAAGGUCUACAUCAUCAUCUUCCACCCUGAGCAGAACGUGCAGAAGAGAAAGCGCAGCUUCAAGGCUGCUGCCUCUGGGGCUUCUCCCAAUGGGGAGAGCAAGGGAGAAGAGCUCAAGGACGACGGCAAGUAGGGAGCAGAGCCAUCAGCAGAACCAAGAUGGGCAGCUGCAAUAAACUAUUUUUUUCC